UGAGCUGGCAGUAGUUUGUGCCAGGCAGCCGUUCGGUGUGGAACUUGAUUGCGGUUCCCGCUAGAAGCCAGUUACAUUGCCCCGCGGAACUCAGUGUGUCAACGUCAAGCGUAGACAAUUGGAAAUCGAGGCUUACACGACCAGUGAAAUCUGAUUUGAAUUUAAAUCAGUUUUGGCCCAUUUUUAUUGUUGGCUUCGAAAAAAUGAAUAAACUUCCGAUGCAGGCGUGGCGCUCCACAGCCUCAGGUGGUCGCAAUCUCAGACGAAGUGUAUCGAAGAUCGGUGGAGCAGGUUCCAGGCGCUUGGAGAGCCGCGCAAGCUCCACGGGCGUAGCCACUUGUCCGCAUCUGGUGGACCCAGAGGCGGCCAGUGCCCCGCGAAUACACUCCACGGCCGAGUGGCAGAACGCGCUGCCCUACAACCAGAUACCCGGACCGAAACCCAUUCCCAUUCUGGGCAAUACCUGGAGAUUGAUGCCAAUAAUUGGUCAAUACACCAUCUCCGAUGUGGCCAAAAUAUCAUCGCUGUUGCACGAUCGUUAUGGCAGAAUUGUGCGUUUUGGAGGUCUCAUCGGAAGGCCCGAUCUGUUGUUCAUCUACGAUGCCGAUGAAAUUGAAAAGUGCUACCGAAGCGAGGGACCCACUCCCUUCCGUCCCUCGAUGCCCAGUUUGGUCAAGUACAAGAGCGUGGUGCGCAAGGAUUUCUUCGGGGAACUCGGUGGCGUAGUCGGAGUGCACGGAGAGCCUUGGCGUGAGUUCCGUUCGCGUGUCCAGAAGCCAGUGCUGCAGCUGUCCACCAUUCGACGAUAUUUACAGCCGCUGGAGGUGAUCACCGAAGAUUUCCUGGUGCGCUGCGAGCAGCUGCUGGACGAAAACCAAGAGCUGCCCGAAGAUUUCGACAACGAGAUUCACAAAUGGUCCUUGGAGUGCAUUGGUCGCGUAGCUUUGGACACUCGUCUGGGCUGUCUGGAAUCGAAUCUCAAGCCCGAUUCGGAGCCGCAGCAAAUCAUAGAUGCUGCCAAGUAUGCCCUUCGUAAUGUCGCCACUUUGGAGCUAAAGGCUCCCUACUGGAGAUACGUUCCCACGCCACUUUGGACGCGCUAUGUGAAGAACAUGAACUUCUUUGUGGGUGUCUGCAUGAAGUACAUUCAGAGUGCCACCGAGAGACUUAAGACACAAGAUCCCAGUCAACGAGCCGGCGAGCCGUCGCUUGUGGAAAAGGUCAUCCUGUCGGAGAAGGACGAAAAGAUAGCCACCAUAAUGGCUCUUGAUUUGAUUCUAGUCGGAAUCGAUACUAUAUCCAUGGCCGUUUGUUCCAUGCUGUAUCAACUGGCCACUCGCCCGGUGGAGCAACAAAAGGUGCACGAGGAGCUGAAGCGACUGCUUUCGGAUCCCAACACACCACUCACAAUUCCGCUGCUGGAUCAGAUGCACCACCUGAAGGCCUUCAUCAAGGAGGUGUUCCGCAUGUACAGCACGGUGAUUGGAAACGGGCGCACCUUGAUGGAGGACAGUGUCAUAUGUGGCUACCAGGUGCCCAAGGGAGUGCAGGCCGUCUUUCCGACGAUUGUCACGGGUAAUAUGGAGGAGUAUGUAACGGAUGCGGCCACUUUCCGGCCGGAGAGAUGGCUGAAGCCACAGCACGGAGGAACUCCCGGCAAACUGCAUCCGUUCGCCUCGCUACCCUACGGAUAUGGAGCCCGGAUGUGCCUGGGUCGACGGUUCGCCGAUCUGGAGAUGCAAAUACUGCUGGCCAAGCUGCUGCGAAACUACAAAUUGGAGUACAACCACAAGCCGCUGGAUUAUGCAGUAACUUUCAUGUACGCCCCAGAUGGACCGCUCCGCUUUAAGAUGACGCGCAUUUAGGUUGUAGAUUUAAGAUUUCGAUUUUAUACAUGCUGUUUGUUGUAAAUAUUUCUUAAUUUGCAUACAAAUGUUUAAGCUUUUAUA